AUGGCGUCCGAGCAGCUUCUGCCCGCCGUGCCGAGGUGGAGGCCGAGCCCGCCGCGGGAGCAGAGCCGUCCCGGCCACGCCGCAGACGACGAGGGCCCGUCCGACACGGCCUCUGACGUCCUCGGCGGCUCCCUGCGCAGCACCGACGGCUUCCCUUUCGGCAGCGGGAGCUCGUUCCCGCCGCCGCCGUUCGCUCCGAUGCCGGUGACCCUGCCGCGGUCGCGGACCUCCUCGUCGCUCGAGAUCAGCGUGGAGAACGGCGCCGGCGCCGUGCCCGCCGUGCUUCGCGAGACGUCGUUGCGCCGAGUUGAUCAGGGCGUCGUGCUUUCCUGGGAGGACUUGUGGGUGUCGGCGGCCGGCGGCAAGGCCGGCCGCGUCCCCAUCCUGCGCGGCCUCAACGGCUAUGCGCGCCCCGGCGAGGUCCUCGCCAUCAUGGGCCCCUCCGGCUGCGGCAAAUCCACCCUUCUGGACGCUCUAGCAGGAAGGCUAGGCUCUGGUGUCAGCCAGAAGGGAGACAUCUUGAUCAAUGGCCGGAGGCAGAAGCUAUCCUACGGAACAUCGGCGUACGUGACGCAGGACGACGUGCUGAUGACGACGUUGACGGUGCGGGAGGCCGUGCGCUACUCGGCGUCGCUGCAGCUGCCGAGCGGCAUGUCGGCGGCGGCGAAGCGGGACCGGGCGGAAGAGACGCUGCGGGAGAUGGGGCUGGAGGGCGCGGCGGACACGCGCAUCGGCGGGUGGAUGCACAAGGGGAUCAGCGGCGGCCAGCGGCGCCGGGUCAGCAUCUGCAUGGAGAUCCUCACCCGGCCGGCGCUGCUGUUCCUGGACGAGCCCACCAGCGGCCUCGACAGCGCCGCCUCCUUCCACGUCGUCAGCCGGAUCGCCAGGCUCGCCCGCCGGGAGGGCAUGACCGUCGUCGCCGCCGUGCACCAGCCCAGCACUGAGGUCUACGGCCUCUUCCACGGGCUCUGCCUCCUCGCCUACGGCAAGACCGUCUUCUUCGGUCCCGCCGCCGAGACCAACCAGUUCUUCGCUUUGAGCGGGUUUCCUUGCCCGUCACUGAUGAACCCUUCCGACCACUUCCUGAGGACCAUCAACAAGGACUUCGACAAUGUGAGCACAUCGGACAUCGAGGAAGGCCUCGGCGGGAAGAAGACGACCACCGCCGAGAACAUCGACGCGCUGGUGGUCUCCUACAAAUCCUCCGUGUACAUGGACAAGGUGACUCGGCAGAUCGCUGACAUACGCGGCACUGUAGGGGAGGUGGUGAAGAUGGAAGGGCAGCAGCCGAGCUUCCUGAUGCAGUCCUUGGUGCUAACCAAGAGGUCCUUCAUCAACAUGUACAGGGACCUCGGCUACUACUGGCUCCGCUUCGCUAUCUACAUCGCCCUCUGCCUCUGCUGCGGCACCAUCUUCUAUGACAUCGGCCAUAGCUAUGGAUCCAUACAGGCUCGUGGCUCCAUGCUCAUGUUCGUAGGCGCCUUCCUCACCUUCAUGGCCAUCGGAGGCUUCCCGUCUUUCGUCGAGGACAUGAAGAUAUUUGGAAGGGAGAGGCUGAACGGGCACUACGGCGUCUCGUCGUUCGUGAUCGCCAACACAGUCUCGGCGACGCCGUAUCUACUCCUGAUUUCCCUGGUGCCGGGUGCGAUGGCCUACUACCUGGUCGGCCUGCAGAGGAGUUUCGACCACUUCGCCUACUUCGCGCUGGUGCUCUUCAUGACAAUGAUGCUCGUGGAGGGCCUGAUGAUGAUUGUGGCCAGCGCCGUGCCUGACUUCCUCAUGGGCAUCAUCACCGGCGCUGGCAUCCAGGGCGUCAUGAUGCUCAACGGCGGCUUCUUCCGCCUGCCCCACGACCUUCCCAAGCCGGUGUGGAGGUACCCCAUGUACUACGUCGCCUUCCACAAGUAUGCCAACCAGGGGUUCUACAAGAACGAGUUCCUCGGCCUCACCUUCCCAAACAACCAGGUUGGCGGCGCUGCCACCAUCACUGGCGACGAGAUCCUCAGGGAGUACUGGCAGGUGGAGAUGGGGUACAACAAGUGGGUCGACCUCGCGGUCCUGUUCGGGAUGGUCAUAUUGUACAGGGUGCUCUUCUUGGCCAUCAUGAAGCUUACCGAGAAGGUGAAGCCCAUGGUGAACGGGCUUAGGUUCAGGAGCACCCAGCCGUCGGUGCACAUCGCCGACCAGGGUUCCGAAGCAAAUGGAGCAAUGUGA